AGUCAUCCCGCCACUUUGAUUUUCUCCAGUUCAACUGUUUGAAAUUGGCCAGAAAGGCAGCAUGCACUGGGAAAAAUCACCACCAGCAGCACCGGCACUGGGCCGGUCCAGACCAUACCAAGGAGUCCGAGUCAGAGAUCCAGUCAAAGAGCUGCUGAGGAGGAAGAGAAGCCUGGAGCUCCAUAACGUCAAGACAACGUCCUCUCCAGCGGAUAUGGUGACACAUACCAAUCAGUCAUCGUUUACUCAAGGUACUUUUGGCUCUGAUGCUGCUGGAGGGUCACCAGCUGAGCUUUCAGCUGCAGGCAGUGAUGGAGGGCUACAGGGUGCAGGGUGGAAAGCUGCAACCUCUGUGGCCAGCGCUGGGCUCCAACCUGCUGUAGUGCCCUGGUCUUCAUCCGAUUACAACCAGCAGGACUCCGCUGCUCAGACUCUGACCUACCAAGCUGCCCCUGCCCUCACUGCUGAUGUCUAUAUGCAAACUCUGUGCCCCAGCUACACCAUGCUGACCUACACACACACACCACUGCUCACUAACUUUGGGACAAUACCAGUGGCCCCAGCUCAAACCUCGCUCCCUCAGAUGGACAUCCCUGACUCAGGGUUGGCCUACCUCCCGUGGGCUCAGCCCCUCACCACCAUAUCCACCUUGCCCAAUCCAGGGGUCCAGUUUGCCCCAGGUUCUGCAGCUUUGCCUGGGUCUCCACUGGUCCACAUGCCCUUGUCCAUGUCUUUGACCACCAUGAUCCCACAGCUGGAGACCCAGGAAGUGGACCCUCAGCCCCAGAUCCUGGACCUCCCACAGCAUUCAGACCAUCAAUUGGAUCCAGAAGGUGAAAGUCCAUCUCUGAAUGAAGAUCCAGAGGUCGAGCCAGAAUCACCAAACCUGCUGGAUAAACUGCUGGAGAAUCACAAGGAAGACAGUGAAGAAGACAAGGACUCAUUCAGCAACGCACUCUUCGUACACAAUGUCUGAAAACAUCGUUUUCUGCAUGUUUUCCUCUCAGAGACCAUGUUCUUCUAGACUUUUCAGGCAUAUGUUUUCACUUGACGAUGACAGUUAUUCUCUCUAUUAUUAAUAACUGUUUGCAUUUACAUUUGCAGAUGUUUGCAACCCUCACAUAAGACUUAACCCCCCCCGACGAAGGAGCUGCUAUGUACACACAGCUGCAGUCAACAUUCAGGAAAUAUGCAUUUUUCUCAGAAAAGCAAGAAAAAACUUGCUUGGUUUAUAAAUUUAGAUGCCUGUUGGGUGGGAAACUCCUGCACCUAACUUUCACUGCUGGUUGAUCCACUGUGUGAGGGAUGGAGAGGGAAAAAAGGCAGAAGAAGGAAAAUGAAAGAUCAAAUCACUUUUUUGGGCUAGAAAUUUCCAAAAUACGUAUUUUGCAAAUGAGCAUUAUGUUAAAGUAACUUUUAACUUUACCAUCUUCAACCUUAUCAAGAUUUGCUGUUUUAGGAAAUUUUAAAGGCUGUUGUUGCUUUUCUAACAUAUAUUUAUAUUUCAUUUAUAGUUGUUAUCGGCUCUUUUCUUUUUGCUAUAAAACCCAAACAAAUAAAAAUGCAUUGGCUGCAUGUGCUCAGAG